AUGGCACCAAAAGCUGCUGAGAAGAAGCCCUCCACCGCCGGCAAGGCCCCGGCUGGCAAGGCGCCCGCUGAGAAGAAGGAGGCCGGCAAGAAGACUGCCUCUGCCGCCUCUGGAGACAAGAAGAAGCGCACCAAGGCCAGAAAGGAGACCUACUCCUCCUACAUCUUCAAGGUCCUCAAGCAAGUCCACCCCGACACCGGUAUCUCCAAGCGCGCCAUGUCCACCCUCAACUCUUUCGUCAACGACAUCUUCGAGCGUGUUGCCACCGAGGCCUCCAAGCUCGCUGCCUACAACAAGAAGUCCACCAUCUCCACCAGAGAGAUUCAGACCUCCGUCCGUCUCAUCCUCCCCGGUGAGCUGGCCAAGCACGCCGUCUCCGAGGGCACCAAGGCCGUCACCAAGUACUCUUCCUCUGCCCGAUAA